GAGGAGGCGUUGACGUCAGGCGCCCCAUGACAGGGUGUCACUUCCGCUGGCAAGAGAAGGGUUGGCAGGGGUAGGAAGCGGAGACGAGAAGCUGGCCCGGCGUAUACUACCAGACCGGCCCGGGAUAUCCAGACGCGUCAACGACCCACCCGUAACUGUCAGGAGCACGUGGCACAGUGACUCAGUCGGGUUGGGCCUUAGCCGCUGUUUUGGCUGGAUUUUCUCUGCUCGCUCAGUACUUCUCAGCAUUGAAACCAGUGAAUUGUGCAGUUCUAAAAGAUGACGUCCAGGAAGAAAGUGCUGCUGAAGGUCAUCAUCCUCGGGGAUUCUGGGGUUGGCAAGACCUCUCUCAUGAACCAGUAUGUGAAUAAGAAGUUCACCAACCAGUACAAAGCCACUAUAGGGGCAGAUUUUCUCACUAAGGAGGUGAUGGUGGAUGACAGAUUGGUCACAAUGCAGAUCUGGGACACAGCUGGGCAGGAAAGGUUCCAAUCCCUGGGGGUCGCUUUCUACCGAGGGGCCGACUGCUGCGUGUUGGUCUACGACGUCACGGCUCCCAACACUUUCAAGACUCUGGACAGUUGGAGAGAUGAAUUCCUCAUCCAGGCGAGUCCAAGGGACCCGGAGAACUUUCCGUUUGUUGUGCUGGGAAAUAAGGUAGACCUUGAGAACAGACAAGUAACCACAAAGCGAGCACAGGUGUGGUGCCAUAGCAAAAACAACAUCCCAUAUUUUGAAACCAGUGCAAAGGAAGCUAUCAAUGUGGAACAGGCUUUUCAGACGAUCGCACGGAAUGCACUUAAACAGGAGACCGAGGUGGAGCUGUACAACGAAUUCCCAGAACCCAUCAAAUUGGACAAAAAUGACAGAGCAAAGGCCUCUGCUGAGAGCUGCAGCUGCUGAAAGCGAAGGUUGCCGGAGUCUCUCACUAACCGAUAUCACACUUAGGCCUUCGAACACAAGAGCCCCUUCCCUCCCUGUCCAGAGUGUAAAGGAUAAAUAAUAAUCAACUGCAUCAUCUCCAGCUCCCAGACAUCGAUCCAAUUGGAUACUGACACCUGUAUCAUACGCACAACACACUGGUUUUUCUCAUCAAGUUUUUUUUCGGGGGGGGGGGGGGAUUAUAUGCCUGUGUGUUUUAACCCCUGUGUUACCAAGUGGCCUGCAACAGUGUUUGCAAGCCCCUCUGGGUGCAAAGUGGUUAACAUUAAAAACAUACUGUUUGAACUUUUUGGUUUUUUUGUGUGUCUUGUGGGGGAGAACAGUCUUUUUGUCUGGUUCAUUUUACAGUCGUUGUGUAUAAUUAACAUAUGACCUGAUCUGAUAAUAAACCAUUUUAAUUGUCCCGCGUCCCACUGAAGGCUCUAAGCAGACUGGCUGCUCAUAUCCCAUAAUCCUUUGCAAGCUCAGCACCCAGUCUCACCCUGGGUCUUUGAGUUUUGUACUUAUCUGCUUGUUACUUUUAAUUAAUCACACCUUCUUUUUACAGAAUCCAUUUAUUAUGUAAUGCUUCGUUAGGAAAAAAAGAAUCUUAUAGUACAUGUUAAUAUAUGCAACCAAUUAAAAAAAAAAAUAUGUAUAAAUUUAGCGUUAGAAAAAAGGUUUGAUUUACUUAUAUUGAAGCCCAGGUAAUUAGACCGUAGAAUAAUUUUUUGCCCCUGCGUGCUUGGCCUGCAAACGCUAAUCCACCGUGUAAAUGUUGUGGCGCCCCCAAGAGGUAAAGAGUACAGCCAGAAUCUGCUGCUUAUUCAUUUCACUAGAAGAGCUGUCUUUAAAGGAUAAGUAAACCUUUAAAAUAAAUAAAUG